AUGGCGUCCCCUUCGGAAACGGCCGCCUUGCUCUCUGGCCACGGUGACGGCGACGACGUGCAGAGUACCACUCGGUCUGAGGCUGCAGCUGCAGCUGCAGCAGCGCAUCACCACCGCCGCCUCGUGCUGAGCAUUGUUCUCAUAUCUGUUGUCGCGGCAGACUUUGGAAACGCGCUUUCCCUUGCGCCGCAGCUAAAACUGUACGAGUCGCUCAUUUGUAGGCGAAUUUUUGGACGCGUGGCUGCCAACGACGGCGACGGCGGCGACUUGAUCUGCAAAUCGCCCCGAGUUCAAUCUGAACUUGCCAUCCUCAUCGGAUGGAAAGACACCUUUGACCAGAUUCCCGGCAUCACCUUGGUCCUCCUGUAUGGAUGGGCAGCGGACGUCAUCGGGCGCAAGCCUGUAUUGCUGCUCGCGUUGGGCGGCCUUUUCUUCGAGGAUGUCGCCGUUCGUCUGCUCACUUGGUGGGCUUUUACGACGACGCCGUCAUCAUCGCUCAGACUCAUUUGGCUUGCGCCAAUAUUCCAAGUGAUGGGCGGUGGGCCGGGAACCGCCACAUCUAUGGCGUAUUCCAUAAUUACCGACACAUUCUCAGCAGCAGAUCGCACAUCUGUUUACUUUUAUCUCGGCGCGGCGAUUCUUAUAGGAGAGUUUCUGGCGACUCCACUGAGCGCGUUGCUCAUGACCUGGACGCCGUGGCUCCCAUUCCUGGCAGGCACUGGAUGCCAAAUCAUUGCAUUUUCGGCAGCAUCUUUCCUUCCAGAAACGAAACGUGCGGGGGCGGCGGCGAGUACUGUUCCUGUUCCUGUUCCCCAAGCCGCUGAAUCAAUGGUCAGCGGUGCAGCAGCUCCUGUGAAGAAUUCCUGGUUUUGGCAAAAGUGUUUUGACUUGGCCAGCGCAUUGAAUGCCCACUGGAAAACGACGAGAAGCAGCAAAACUGGUUUCAAUACAACGUGCAUGUUUGCAUCAUUUCUUACGGCGAGUGUUGGAUCCUCGUCUCUAUCGUUCAUGACACAGUACGCCUCCAGGCGAUUCUCUUGGUCCAUCCCGAAAGCUAGUCUUUUACUGUCAUUGAAAGGAGCCAUCAAUAUUGUUUGCCUUUUAGUGGUGUUGCCCAAUGUAUCCCGAGUCUUGAGCCAGACCAUGCCAGCAACCGCGAAAGAGCUGCGAAUCGUCAAAGCUAGUGUCUUAUGCUGGACAGUGGGCCUGGCUCUCAUGGCUUUCGCGGCGCAAGCCGCCCCCUUCAUUGUCGGCAUCACGAUACUGUCUCUAGGUUCUGGCUAUCUGGCAAGUCUUAGAAGUCUCGCCAAUGCCCUGGUACCUCAGGCACAAGUUGGACUCGUCAAUGGCCAAAUUGGUCUCGCGACGGGUGUCGGAUCACUGGUCGCAGGGCCGUCCAUGGCUGCUGCUUUCCAGCGUGGCAUGAGGUUAGAUGGCCUGUGGUCCGGCCUUCCCUACAUUAUUGCAGCGGUACUUUUCUCGGCGGCGACAGCUCUAGCCUGGUGCAUCGAUGUGACCAGCGACUCUCAUUCGUGCGCGACAUCAUCAGCUGACGAGGACUGA